AUGCGGCUUCGAUCCGGGGGUGGUACCGUCCGAGAGUCGGCGCCUUUCCACCGCCAGCCUGGUACAGAGCGGGGACUCAGCGGAGGAUUCCGAGAUGGUGGUGAAUGUGACCAUCGAGUAUUGGUCCGUACCGGUACCGGGGCCGGGGCCGGGGCCGGGGUCGGGGUGGGGCAGAGGGACUCGGGCUUCCUCGCCCAUUUCCUGACUCUUGCUGAUGAAAUCAGGGAGCAGGUUCCAGGUGUCCACGUUACUGGGUUUAUUGGGCAAACAGGAAGUUUUGAGGUUUCAAUUAAUAACAAGCUGGUUUUCUCGAAGCUGGAAUCAAAUGGGUUUCCUUAUCAUAAAGAUAUCAUUGAAGCAGUAAAAUUAGCAAAAGAAGGGGCUACUGUGGAGAAAAUAAAUUCCCAGGAGCAGAUUCGUACUGAGAAGCGAAGCUGUGUCAUCGUAUAAUGGAAACCAAAUGAUGGUCAAACCCCUGAUAUAAUUUGACAGCUUUCAAACAGUGAAGCACCACUCUGUUCAUGACUGUUUUCCCCAAAAGUUAUCGGUGAAAACAUGAAUAAGCAUCAGAAGGUGUGCUCCCUGAUUUGGAAUCUGUUAAAGAUUUUCAGGCAUUGGUCUUUUACAGAGAGAAAAACUGGUUUAAUAUCAUCACAAUUAAAUUGUAUUUGUCUAAUCAUUCUCAUUCUGUUCCCAUGUUAAGCAGCAGGAAAAAUGAUUCAAUGUCUUAUUAAGAUCACUCAGAGUUAGCGUCCGAGCCACUCAACUCAACUGACCUUGGGGUCCACCUCAACCACCUCAACUUUCAGGAACCUCCUUGACCUCAGUGCUGACGUCAAUCUGUCAAAUUACACUUGCUCUUAAAGCUGAUGUCACAAGUUUGUAACAUCAAAGGCUGACAAUGUAAAACCUUCCUGGUGUCCUGAAUGGGAGCUUGGCUUUUCUGUAGGUGUUUGAGAGAUAUUAUUAUGAAUGUGAGCUGAGUGGCCCACCAUUCACAUUACUCGCUGUGGUGUAUAGUGUGUGGGCUGUUAAAAAAUCCCAAAAUAAAAGCCAGAAAUUGCUGGAGAAA